GAGCGGGGCUGCCGCGGCCGCCGGAGCCCACGUACAUGCGAGUGCCCCCUCCGCUCACCAGCAUGCUUUACUUCCAGAUGGUGAUCAUGGCAGGGACCGUGAUGCUGGCUUAUUACUUCGAAUACACAGACACCUUCACCGUCAACGUGCAAGGCUUCUUCUGCUACGAGGGCGCGUACCGAAAGCCCUACCCGGGCCCGGAGGACCGCAGCGCCGUGCCGCCGGUGCUGCUCUACUCGCUGACCGCAGGAGUGCCCGUGCUGGUGAUUAUCGUUGGAGAAACUGCGGUCUUUUGUCUACAGUUAGCUACAAAGGAUUUUGAAAACCAAGAAAAAACAAUAUUAACUGGAGACUGUUGUUAUAUAAAUCCACUGGUGCGCAGGACCAUCAGAUUCCUUGGAAUUUACGCAUUUGGACUGUUUGCUACGGACAUCUUUGUAAAUGCUGGACAAGUAGUAACAGGGAAUCUUGCGCCCCAUUUUCUUGCACUUUGUAAACCCAACUAUACAGCACUGGGAUGUAAACAGUAUACACAGUUCAUCAGUAGCGUUCAUGCCUGUACUGGAAAUCCAGACCUUAUCAUGAAAGCCAGAAAGACAUUCCCAUCCAAAGAAGCAGCACUAAGCGUAUAUGCAGCUAUGUAUCUGGCUAUGUAUAUCACCAAUACAGUGAAAGCCAGAGGAACAAGGCUUGCAAAACCUGUUCUAUGUUUGGGCUUAAUGUGUUUGGCUUUCCUUACUGGAAUCAACAGAGUAGCAGAGUAUCGAAAUCACUGGUCAGAUGUAAUAGCAGGAUUUGUAAUCGGAAUAUCUAUAGCAGUCUUCUUGGUUGUUUGUGUGGUAAAUAACUUCAGAGGACGUCAGCCAGAACAUGAGCAUUCUCAUAUGGAUAAUCUGGCCCAGAUGCCCAUGAUCAGCAUACCCCGAGUAGAAAGCCCUUUAGAAAAGAUGUUACAGAAUCAAGGUAUUAGUAACAAUCAAGAAGAUCCUUUGCAGCGAAACUCCCUCAAAGCUCGCAUCGUUAGGUUCUUCUCCUGGAUAUCGGGAACAGACCGUUUUGAACAGCUUCGCAUAAGGCAAUAAACAACCACAUCACGGCCUUUGCAGAAGUCACAUGAUGUUGACGCUGAUGUAUAUUCACUCCAUUGGACUUCAUCUCUUUUCACAGCCCACACAUGAUAUUUGCAGUGUAUCAAAAAUACGAAAUUUUUAAAAGUCCUAUUUCUGACUUGAUUUUUACAUCAUUAAAAUGAUACCAACAUUUUGAAGAAUUCUUAAAUAUUAGAAGGUCACUUUACUUUCUAGCAAAAAUAUUAACUGUUUACUUUUAUGAUGGAAUGGGACAAACUGAGCACUAAUUAUAAUACCCUCUAUUUUGGCUUCUCAUUGUUUUUAAUGGUUCAUGUACCUAUUCCAACAGUACUUUGUAUUCUGAUUUAACUUUGAUUUUUAAAAUCUACAUUUUUAAUUGAGCAUGAACUUGUUUCCAUUUGAGGCGAUUUCAGUGUAUAAAAACUAGACAAAUAUUAUGUUCUGUAUGAAGAUGCUGUUUGCACAUUGUAUUACGCUGUAUUUCAUGUAAGAUAUCAUUCAAACAAUAUGUUACAUGUAAGACUGGUGCUUCUGCUUUUGAAGAGAAAAAAAUGCCAAUUUUUACUGUAAUAAGUAUUGUAUCAUAAUUAAAGGUUUAUUUAUUUGGAUAUUUUCCUGACAUAAUUGUAGUUGAAUUGUUGUUUUGUAGUUCUUGAAUGUCUUGAAUGAUAUAUAUGUAUCUAGGUUAAAAGAAAUGAAAAUAAUAUAGCAAGUUUGAUCAUUGAUAUAUUCUUUAUUACUAAUGAUAUCCCAUGAAAGGUUAAGGGCUCUGUUCUUAGCUUAGCAUAUCUGAUGCUAUUCAAAAGUUAUUUAAAUGAGUUAUUUAAGAAAGCCUACAUCUUCUCAUGUUUGCUGUACUCCCUGAUACUAUGAUGGGAGAAUGGGUGCUAAGGUAAUAAGAGGGUCACUGGCUUAGUGAGAAAAGUGCAUCUGAAUUUCUACUCUCCAUUUUCAUGGAAAACUCAUGGUAAAGCCAAAAUGGCUUCAUUAAUUUUCUUCAGCCUAAGUGACCAGGACAGGCAGAUUUUCUACAAAGCUUUCUAUCUCUGUUUGUGUUUCAGGCACUUGUUCUUGGGGGGAAAAAAAAAAUCCUCUGCCAGUCUGUGUGGUGUUGAUGAAUUGAUUUUUCUUCAACAUCAGGCGAUGUUAUCAUAGCUCUGUUAUCGCUGUGAAUAAUCAGAUUAAGUCUCCCCUUUAAAAGACAGUCGUGCUGACAAUACGUAGUGAAGUUGUCCUAUAAAAAUUGAGCACCAAAUGGAUCGGAAUAUUGUAGAUGCUGACGACAUUCUUAAUGUGUGCUGGAAAGUUUUCCUCUGGCAACAGCUGAUAAAAUGCUAGCACUACAGAAACAUUGAGAAUACUAUUGUUCAGUACAGGCUGUUGAGCAUUUUAGGCCUUAAAUUUUCCACAGUUCAAUGUAUUUCCUGUACGUUAAUCAUUGUUAGAGUAUGUUUGAAACAUAAGGAUGUAGAAGUGUGUAUAUUUUUUCGAUGAUUAAUUUUAAUGCAUUCCCACAUAGUCAUCAGGUAAUGCCUGCUUUUUACUUUUUAUUUUAACCUCUGCUUUCACUAAAAUUCAACUACCUAAAGAGUGCUUGGCAAACAGGGCAAGGCCAAGUCGUCUUUCAGUGCAAUAGAGCAUUUGUCACGAAGUCAUUAUGCUAAGCUGAGAAUUAAGAGAGUGAAGAAAUAUAUCAAUGGGGAGAAAAAUCUUAGAAUAGAGUCCUUAGCUACAACUGCAAUACUUAGAUGAUUGAAAAUCCACCUUUAUUAGACUAUCAGCUGUAGUAGAUCCAAAGUUUGUAUCACCGUGUUAGGCACACUCACCCUUCUCUUAGUCUAGGUAGUUAGGGUCCAAGGUACUAAUGAUUUCUUUGUGUGCAGAUUUAAAUGAAAUCUUCACUCGUUUUUGCAUGGUAGCAAACCUGCAUUUUUUAUAUCUGAUUUAUAAGAUUACCAAGAGAUUCUUUUAUGUUAAAAGAGAUGACUCUUUUUCAGUGUACUGUAUAUCAUCAGCUUGUAACUGGUCUCUUUCUCAGGAUCUUUCCCAGUCAAAUAUUUGGGUUAAAUUUAUCAUACUAUCUCUGUGAACCAGCAGUGAGAAAACAAAAAGAGAGACACUCUGCUGUAUAAUGUAUUUUUAAAUAAAAUAAUUUUUCAUUCA